AAGCAUUUUGAUAGACGAUCCGUUUUUCUUGCGAAACACUACCCCCUUUAGCAACAACCGACUAUUUCCUCGAUCCGCAAACACAUCGUGAACCUAAUUGGCAUGGCGGAUAUUCGUUCUUUCUUCGGGCCUAAGGGUGGUGCCGCAGCACCUUCGAAACCAGCACCGAAGAAAGCUAAAGCGGAAGACGAAUCUACUAAGAGACGUAACAAAGUACGAAAGGUCGUAGAGGACAGUGAUGAGGAUGAAGAUGUAGUUGAGACGAAGAAACUAGCUACUAGAUCUACCCCAAGAAAGAAGGCAGCUGUUGGCGACGAGAAGGUUCAGGGGACUGCUACAACAGCAAGUGAAUACUUUGCUUCAACCAAGUCUAAAAAUCAACCAGCUGCGAAGCCCGAAACCAAGUCACAGCCGAAACCCAAAGUUGAAGUACGGUCUAGUCCUAGGCACAAGAAAACUGUCAUCAACGAAGCUGCGACCACGAGCAAGAACGAUGAAACCCAACCAAAGAAGCGUUCUUCGACUAAGCCCAAGCGACAAGACCCUGAAGAUGAGGACGAUGCUUUCGUAGACGAAGACGAAGACGCCGGGGACGACAUUUUCGCCGCGGAUGCAAGGGGUCGUAAUAAAAGAAAAAAUGACGAUUACGUCGAGGAGGAUAGUGAAGAAGAUUUUCUUCCGAAGCCCAAGAGAAUUGCUUCUCGUAGCAAACCAACCAACCGAGAUGAAAAACCAAUUACAUCGAAGCCUGUAAAAAGUGGUGCAGCUUCUGCUUCGGCCAAGAAAAGAAAGACACCAGAUGCGGCAUCUAGCGAAGAGGAUGACGAGGAUGAACCCCCGUCCCGUAAGAAGCCAGCAGCGAAGAAACCUAGAGCCCCGAGAACAAAGAAGGCAGAAGAAACAGAAUCCACAGAGAUUCAAGCAAUCUUGGAUGACAUCCCCAUGGUUAGACCACCAACACCGCCGGCCAAAGACCCAGACGCCAAGUUUGACUGGAGAAAGGCGGGGGGAGGAAAUUCUGGCCCGGCACCCAACCCUACUGCCGAACUGCCUGAAGGAGAAGAAGACUGUCUUGCUGGUCUGACCUUUGUUUUUACUGGCCAAUUAUCUACUAUUGCACGUGAGGAUGCCCAGGCCCUGGUGAAGCGAUAUGGAGGGAAAAUCACCGGUGCUCCAAGCAGCAAAACUAGCUAUGUGGUUCUAGGUGAAGAUGCCGGACCUAGCAAACUUGCUAAGAUUCGCCAGUAUGGUACGAAGACUAUUAACGAAGAGGGCUUAUUUGAACUGAUUCGUCGCCUACCUCCUGGCGGCGGUUCCGGAAAGGGUGCCGAGAAGCUCCGAGAAAAACGAAAAUUGGAAGAGGAAAAAGCUAAACAACAAGCGGCGGAGAUGGAACAAGAAGAAAAAAGACGAAAGGUAGAAGCAGAGAAAGUACGAAAGGCAGCCGUCGCACGUGGUGCUGGUGGCGCUGCUCAGACCCCUCCGGCCCCCCUUUCUCAACUCUGGACGGUGAAGUAUGCUCCAACUCAACCAAGCCACAUCUGUGGCAAUAAGGCAGCCGUCGAGAAAAUCCAGAACUGGCUAAAAAACUGGCCUAAGCAUCGUAAAUACAACUUCCAAAAGCGAGGCGCGGAUGGUAUGGGUGGUGCCCGUGCUAUCAUCGUCUCUGGGCCUCCGGGCAUUGGCAAAACAACCGCAGCGCAUCUUGCUGCCAAGCUCGAAGGUUACGACGUCUUAGAGAGCAACGCCAGCGACACGCGUAGCAAAAAGCUCGUGGAAUCAGGUGUCAGCGAGGUUAUGAACAAUACAUCCCUGCUUGGUUUCUUUGCUGGGGAUGGAAAGAAGGUCGAUAGGGAAAAGAAGAACAUCGUCCUUGUCAUGGAUGAAGUCGAUGGAAUGUCGGCUGGCGACCGUGGAGGCGUGGGUGCCCUUGCAAAAUUCUGCAAAAAGACCGAAGUGCCCCUUAUUUUGAUCUGCAACGAGCGAAAGUUGCCGAAAAUGAAACCCUUCGAUUUUGUGGCCUUCGACGUCAAGUUCCAGCGACCAACAGUUGACCAGAUCCGCUCUCGAAUGAUGACCAUUUGCCAUCGUGAAGGGCUGAAGCUGUCUCCGCAAGUGCUCGACGCCCUUGUCGAAGGUAGCAAUCGGGAUAUCAGGCAGAUCAUCAACAUGUUAUCCACAGUCAAGCUGGACCAGUCGUCGAUGGACUUUAGCCAGAGCAAAAAUAUGUCAAAGGCCUGGGAGAAGUCGAUUGUGCUAAAACCGUGGGAUAUCUGCCAGAAGAUGCUCGGCGGCGGUCUCUUCUCUCCGGCUAGCAAGGCUACGCUCAAUGAUAAGAUUGAGCUCUAUUUCAACGACCAUGAAUUCAGCUAUUUGAUGAUACAAGAGAACUACCUUCGAACGAAACCAGCCGUCCUGAACCUGAACCAAUACAAUAAACGUGAGCAAAACCUGAAGGCCCUAGAAAUGGUCGAUAAGGCGGCAGAGAGUAUCAGCGAUGGUGACCUUGUAGACCGGAUGAUUCACGGCCCACAGCAACACUGGAGUUUGAUGCCCACUCACGCGGUCUUCAGCACGGUUCGGCCGGCUAGCUUCGUAGCUGGCCAGCUGAUAGGAUCGAACUUCACCUCCUGGCUUGGCAACAACAGUAAAUAUGGAAAGCUGGGUAGAUAUAUCCGCGAAAUUCAUUCACACAUGCGACUUAGGUCCUCUGGCGACCAUCACGAGAUUCGUCAGCAAUACCUACCGGUACUCUGGACACGGCUCAUAAAAAGACUCGCCGAUGAAGGCAAGGAGUCCGUCGAAGAGGUUAUCAAUCUUAUGGAUAGCUACUUUCUCACUAGAGAAGACUUCGAUUCUAUCAAAGAACUCGGCGUCGGUCCUCAAGACGAAGAACACGUCGCCAUUGAUACACAGACCAAGGCUACUUUUACAAGAUUGUACAACGUAAUGUCCCAUCCAAUUCCCUUCAUGAAGGCUAGCAGCGUGGUGGCUCCGAAUAAGGUCGCCAAAGACAAGCCAGAUCUCGAGGAAGCAAUGGAUGAUGAAGACGAUGGUGCGGAGAUAGUCGAAGCUGCUGAAGCUGCGGAUGACGACGAUGUUGAUAUCGAGAAGGACAAAUAUAUCAAAAAGCCAAAGGCAAAGAAGGCUGGAAAGAAAGCUGCUAAGGCCGAUGACGACGAAGAGGAAAAGCCAGCAAAAGGGCGUAAGGGUAGGGCUACUGGAGGAAAAGGCAAGGCAAAAAAGUGAGAACCCUACCGCAUAUUAACAUUUAACAAUGUCAUGCUUUGCUAUCAAUAUUUGCUAGACCUUGGAUGAGCAAACUUAUAGUGGACGAUAAAGACGAUAAUACACCGAUGUUUUCAAGUUCAUGAAUAUUAUGAAUUAGGGAGUAAGGGGCCCCCAUAACUUCCCUUCAGUACAUUGAUUAUUCUAUGCUAUAUCUAUACAUAUGUUCUUUAUAUAUACUGGUUAUCACAUUCUACGAGCCGUAUUAUUUCUUAAGGGGA